CAAAGAAAAGGAGAGGAGUGCCCCCUAACCUUUCCCUGCUUUCCACUGAAAUCUCCUAUCUGCAACCAUACACACAUACAGUUGCUCUUCUUGCUCAAUUCUGCCCCCAGCAAUCAUUUCUCCAUAUAUAAGUCACUAUACCCUCUGCAUUUCCCACCCCUUCAGCCAUGGAUUCUUGAAGAAGCUCUGUGUUACCAGAGGAGGCAUCUGCUGUGCGCAAUUUCAGGCUGUGUAAGUUCCGCGAACCUGCCGGGUCUGCGAAUUUCAAGCUCGCGGGCUCUGCAUUGCGCUGAAAUGGGGAGGCAUUCGUGCUGCUACAAGCAGAAGCUGAGGAAGGGGCUCUGGUCCCCUGAGGAGGAUGAGAAGCUCAUGAACCACAUAACCAAGCAUGGCCAUGGCUGCUGGAGCUCUGUCCCUAAACUUGCAGGGCUCCAAAGGUGUGGCAAGAGCUGCAGGUUGAGGUGGAUAAACUACCUGAGGCCAGACCUUAAGAGAGGUGCCUUCGCUCAGGAUGAGGAAGACCUCAUCGUUGAACUCCAUGCUGUGCUCGGGAACAGGUGGUCUCAAAUUGCAGCACAGAUGCCUGGGAGGACUGACAAUGAGAUUAAGAACCUCUGGAACUCGUCCCUCAAGAAGAAGCUGCGGCAGAAGGGCAUUGACCCCAACACCCACAAGCCCCUCACCGAGGCUGAUCGCAGUGGAGCAGCUCCCACCAUCAGCAACGAGAGGACCUCUGGUUCCAGUGACGUCAACCCGUCAAGCACUGGUGCUCUAGGGAACUUCGGUCACCUCCUCAGCGAGACAGCCCAAUCGUCAAUGCUGCUGCCGGUGUAUGACAAGAAGCGCCCUGAAACUCCAAGCUUGGCACGACCUAAGGUGCCAGCAAAGGAGUUGUUCCUGGAGCAGCUUACUGCUGGUCAUGAGAGCCCAUCAAGCUGCCGUUCAUCAGGUCCAACGCUGUAUUUUCCUUUCCAGCAGCAAUUAGGCUACAGCAACGAGUGUGGCAGUGGAGAUGGUGCAAAUAUGAACUCACUCUGGUUUAACCAGAAUGAUUUCAACUGCAGCACAAUCUCCACUGUGAUGCCAACAGUUUCACCAUCAGCCCUCUCGACUCCGAUGGGACUGAACCUCCCACCAGACAAUCACCGCCAUGGGGGCACUGGCAUCGGCAGUGCCCCUUUCUACUGGGAUGGUGUUAAUCCUAGCAGCAGCGGUAGCACCGGGAGCAGCGGAAGCAACAGCAUGGGGUUCGAGCCACAGAGCACGAACUCAAUUCUGGAGAACAGUGUAUUCCCAUGGACAGAUAUCGGAGUUGGGCAAGAAAAAGAUACCAGAGUUCAGUUAGUGGAGGAACUCAAGUGGCCUGACUUGCUUCAUGGAACCUUUGCAGAGGCAACCACAGCGAUGCAGAACCAGAGCCAGUCACUAUACGAUGAUGUGAUCAAAGCAGAGAGCCAGUUCAACAUGGAGGGGAUAUGUGCUUCUUGGUUCCAGAAUCAGCAGCCGCAGCAACAGCUGCAAGCAGCAUCAGACAUGUAUGAUAAAGACUUACAAAGAAUGCCCUUGUCUUUUGAGCAUAUCUAGGUACUAUGUUCUGCCAUACAUGGAGCAGAGCAGAUCAGCAGAAGCUGAGACUUGUCUCACGAAUUCGUGAGCAGGCUAUGCUGAGGUGCUUGCAUAGAUAGAUAUGCGAGGUUGAUACAGUAAUCAACCUCCACAACCUUCCUCGGCUAAAGAUCAUGCAGUGCCACGGAAAAGAUAACUCUGUCAUCAGGAGUGGCAUCAAAUUGCACAGAAAAGUACAUUCUGGAGUCUCCCUUUCUUUCCUCUUCAAAAUUGUUGUUUUCUUCUGUACACGACAGCUCAACUUUUGGAUACUUGAGUUUUUGUUCACUCUCUGUUUAUCAAAUAAAUAGACAGGAAUGGGAAAAACUGCAUGUGUCGGUAGCUAUCACAAACCAUACAAGUAGUAGCCCCAAACUUUUCAACAGCUGCCAUGCACGUAGAUUCGAAUUAAAUAUUGCAACUUGUAUUUUUAUAUCUUUUGAGAAGUUGCCGACAAACUGCAGUUGUAUAUUUGUAAAGGCAGAAAAUUGGAAUAUAUUGACCACGAGCAAUUUUUCUCUGGCUU